UUCUCUUCACCGAAGUAGAAAUUGAAAGGAAGGCAAAUAAAAAAUAUUUCAAAGAAUAAGUAAAAAAAAGCGAAUAGAGUUCAAACGCAUUGAGAAAGUGAAUAAGGCGAGUAAAGAAAAUUUGAAAAUUUUUUAAGAAAAGUGUCGUUAAUAGGAUGGAAAUAAUGAAAAUACCAAAUAAUUACAGAAGUGUGGCAUUUGUGAAGUGUUUCAAUAGCAGGUGAAAAAAAGAAUAUAUUCGAUAUAACAAAAAAUAAAUGAAGAUUAAUAAUAUAUACAGUGAGCAUUAUAUAAAAGACUUUAUACAAAAAGGAAACUACCGAAAAUUAAUUAAUCAGAGAUCCGCGAUUAGUUUUAGAUCUUGUUGCAAUUAAUAUGAAGAAAGCGUGUAUAAAAAAUUUUUCAUAAUUUUUUACGAAAAUGCAAGAAGUGUGCAUGGACUUAAUGUAUACUUAUCUACCGAUAGUAUACCAACGAACACUGCAGCAAAUUAACUAAGAAAAUCGUAAUACAUUUGAGUGUGUGUAUAAAAACAAAUAAAAAAAGGCGAAAAGAAAUAUUUUUGAACAAGUUAAACGGGUUCUUAAUGUUGUUCAUACAUAGCUAUGCACAUGCACGGGUACACAAACACACACAUGCGUACAUGAGCACACACACGCAAGCGCGCACACAUAAACAUAUACAUAUAUAAGCAAAUGGAUACAAAAAUAUAAAUACAUAUGCCUGCGUACGUAGAUUUAUAGAAGUAUAUAUAGGCACACGUAAAAAAAACCAACCGAAUAAAAUAAAAUAACAUUGCGCACAACAUAACACGUCUCUUUGGUUGGCAGCAAAUUCUCUUUUUCCAGCAGUUUUUGUUUUCUUGCCGUCGAUUAUAUAUCGUAAGAAAACGUUAUUCUAGAAUUGCGUCCAACUGAAAAGUAAAAAGUCUCUAAAUAGUAAGGUCGCCUCUGGAUAUGUACACAUACUUCAUAACAUAAUAGGCUCUAAUCAAUAAUUAUUGUCAGAAUGUGGAGGAUAAACGAAGAGGGAUGAAGCAAUAUGAUUUAUAACGAAUGUUGAAGUGAAUAAUACAAUUCAAAUUCAAAUAAUUCUGGCCGCUUGUCUUGGUUUAUUUGACAAAAGAUUGGAGCAACCAAAACUAAUUUUGAAUUUAUAAACUUUGUCAACUGAAAAGCAAUGGGUGAUGACAAUAUAAUGACCGAAAUAAAAGGAAUAGUUAUGAAGUCAUGCCCCUACAAAACGAACAUAUAUCAGAGUUUAAAAAAGCAAAGCGAAUACACCAUGAACCAUCGAUAUCGAAAAAGAGCAAUACCGCUACCUCUUGGACGAAGGUUGAUGGAAUUGCUGGACAGUCAUAGACGUUGUUUCCCUGCCAUUGUAUUAGUUUUAGGAUUUUUUUUAUUAAUAAGUAACAUAGUACUAGCGGAAUAUGUCAGAGAAUUGGAUGUUUCUGAAGGUGUACCGGUGGGCUAUCCGAUUGGAUACAUAGGCGAAAAUUUACCGGGCGUAGAUAGCGGACCACCGUAUUUAAUCGUACCAGUGCCGGGUAGCGGUGUUGACACUGAUUUAACUAUUGACCAUUCUACAGGCGAGAUAAGAACAAAAGUGCGCUUAGAUCGUGAAACGAGGGCUUCUUAUAACCUGGUGGCCAUACCGUUAAGUGGUGAAAAUGUACGUGUAUUAGUGCGGGUGCAUGACGAAAACGAUAAUGCUCCCACCUUUCCAAUAUCAGUUAUGAAAAUCGAAUUUCCCGAAAACACCCCACGUGAUGUAAAAAGGACUUUACACCCAGCCCGCGAUCUGGACAUCGGCCGUUAUAAUAUACAACGUUAUAAUAUCGUGUCGGGUAACAUAAACAAUGAAUUUCGUUUGUCAUCUCAUCGGGAACGGGAUGGUGUUUUAUAUUUAGAUUUACAAAUAAAUGGUUUGUUGGAUCGUGAAACUACCCCCUUUUAUAGUUUGGUGAUAGAGGCACUGGACGGUGGUAGCCCUCCAUUAAGAGGACAAAUGACAGUGAACAUAACACUUCAGGAUGUUAAUGACAAUCAGCCUAUAUUUAAUCAAAGUCGUUAUUUGGCUACAAUACCGGAAAACGCUACUUUAGGCACCGCAGUCCUGCAAGUUUACGCCACUGAUGCUGAUGCUGACGAUAAUGGUCUAAUAGAGUAUGCCAUAAAUCGUCGGCAGUCCGAUAGAGAACAAAUGUUUCGAAUAGAUGCUCAAAGCGGUUGGAUCGCGAUUAACAAGCCUUUGGACUUUGAGACAAAGGAAUUACAUGAGUUGGUCAUAGUGGCUAAGGAUCACGGCGAGACACCUUUGGAAACCACGGCAUUUGUGUCGAUCAGCGUUACUGAUGUUAACGAUAACCAGCCUACAAUAAAUGUAAUAUUUUUAAGUGACGACGCUACUCCGAAAAUUUCAGAAUCAGCUCAACCCGGGGAAUUUGUCGCCCGCAUUUCAGUUAAUGAUCCGGACUUAAAAACAGAAUAUUCAAAUGUUAACGUUACUCUGAAUGGUGGAGAGGGCCACUUUGGUUUGACAACUCGAGAUAAUAUCAUUUAUUUGGUAAUUGUUAAUAUGACUUUGGAUCGAGAGUUGAUACCGAAUUAUACAUUGAGUGUAGUAGCAACGGACAACGGAAGUCCUCCAUUGCACGCUUCUAAAACAAUUUAUUUGCGAGUAACCGACAUUAACGAUAAUGCUCCUGAGUUCGAUAGAGAAGUAUAUCAAGCUAAUGUCAUGGAAAUUUCCGAACCUGGCACAUCGGUUUUGCAAGUAUAUGCGUACGAUCGUGACGAGGGUAACAAUUCGGCUAUCAUAUAUUCUCUAAUGGACACUCCAGAGACUCAUUCAGAUUGGUUUCAAAUUAAGCCAAAUAACGGUUUAAUCACGACAAGAACCUACAUCGAUUGUGAAACAGAACCGGUACCACAGAUAAUCGUUAUAGCUUACGAUAAUGGCCACCCGCCGCUGUCGUCCACAGCUACGGUAUUAGUAACUAUUCACGAUGUUAACGACAACGAGCCGAUAUUUGACAACAACUUCUAUAACAUCACCGUGGUGGAGAAUGCACCUUUAAGGAGAUGUUUUGUCAAGGUGACGGCUGUUGAUGCGGAUUGCGGCGUCAACGCAAUGGUCAACUAUACAUUGAACGAAGAAAACCAACAAAACCUGACGGAAUUUGAGAUUCGUUCGGCUUCUGGUGAAAUAUGCAUAACUGAAGAAUUGGAUUUUGAAAAACGCAACAUAUACGAAUUUCCCGUUGUUGCAUAUGAUCGCGGUGGUCUAAGCACAACAGCUAUGGUUAAAAUUCACUUGAUUGAUAUUAAUGACAAUCGACCUGUCUUCUAUCCUGGUGAAUAUAACGUUUCAUUGCGAGAAUCGACUGUCAGUGGCAUCAGUACUUCCAUACUAACCGUUAUUGCCCACGAUCCCGAUACUGGACGCUUUGGCGCCGUAACUUACCGCAUUAUAUCUGGGAAUGAAGCUGGCAUAUUUCGUAUAGAUCGUACAAGUGGUGAAAUAUUUGUUAAUCGGCCUGGCAUGUUGACGAUGCGCAACCAAGCAGUGCACGUGCUAAACGUAACAGCUAGCGAUGGUGGUGGCUUACGAACGAUAGACGAUGCUCUCGUUAAUGUGCGCAUUAUGGAUGCCACACAACGACCACCAAUGUUUGAAAAGUUACAUUACAAUUUUUACGUAAAAGAGGAUGCUGAUAGGGGAGCGAUCGUAGGUUCCGUAAUUGCCACGAACACAGAUGCUUCAAAUGCUAAUGGAGUACGUUAUUCCAUAUACUCAGGGGAUCCUGAUAAUUUCUUUAGCAUUGAUGAGAACUCCGGCAACAUAAGAGUAAACAAUGACUUGGAUUCCGAAAUAAAAAGUAUUGUAUUAUUAAACAUAAAGGCUACUGCAGGACUGCAAACGAAAAGAGAAAGUCAUACCCAAGCCUUUAUCACCGUUGAAGAUAUUAAUGACAAUUCUCCUGAAUUUGUUAUAAGUACCGUGCACUUUUCAGUGCCAGAGAAUGCUCCAUUGGGUAAGCCAUUGUAUACUGUCAAUGCCUACGAUAAGGAUUCUGGUGAAAAUGGUGAGGUCACUUAUAAACUGACCACGUUUAGCUCCACAAUGAACAACAAUGUCACGACGUCUGCUUUGGCUGUAAGUUUACGUUCUAAUUCUGUCUCUGCACAUACACCACAAAACUUUCCAGCAGCAAAUGUGGAUAGACCCGCGAUACACUACUCUGCUAAUCAAGCUGCGUUUGGUAGUUCUACAACCAAGAAUUUGUUUACCAUCAAUGCACGUUCGGGUCACUUAACAUUGUUAAGACACUUGGAUUACGAGACAGCACAGCGACAUACACUAAUUGUCACCGCUUGGGAUUCGGGCAAUCCGGCCCGUUAUUCCAACAAUUUAACAAUAGUAGUGGAAGUGCAGGAUGUGAAUGACAAUCCACCAGUUUUCGAGCAUAAUGAAUAUCAUAUUGAAGUUUUGGAAUCAUUGUCCGUUAACUCACAAAUUUUGCAAGUAAAGGCUUUAGACAGGGAUAAAGGAAACAAUGCCCGCAUCAUCUACAAUCUUACUAGUGAAUACAGCAAUGAUAGCAGUGACAAAACAAGUGUUCAAAAAUCGAUAAAUUCAAUGAAAUUUAAGAAAAUUACUACAACGUUGCCAUCUGGCUGUAGCUCCAGCUCUUCGACAAUGGCUAGCGAUGCACAUCGAUCUUUUGGCAUUUAUUCAAAUAAUGGUUGGAUUUAUUUACGCUCACCACUUGAUCGCGAAACGUGUGCUUAUUUUGAACUGGAUGUGAUGGCCAGCGACAACGGCACUCCACCCGUCAAAGCUUAUGCACAUGUAGUUGUGAAUGUCUUGGACACCAACGACAAUGAUCCUCGCUUUCUCAGUCCAGCUUAUGAAUUUCACAUUGAAGAGAAUAUGGUUCCCGGCUCUCUGGUCGGUGUUGUUGGUGCAACUGACUUGGAUUUGGCUGAAAACGCCGCUGUUAGCUACCGAUUGUUUCCGACAAACGGAAGUUUUCAAAUUAAUGCUCUAACGGGUGAAGUUAUAACACGCGAACCACUAGAUCGUGAACAACAAUUGGUCCACGACUUGGUGGCUGAAGCUCGUGAUAAAGGAACACCAAGCCGUAGAACACGUGUCGCAAUCAAGGUUCUUGUUAGUGACGUAAAUGAUAAUGCACCAGAUAUUGUUGACCCACAAGAAGAUGUGAUUAGUGUACGGGAGGAACAACCCCCUGGCACCGAAGUAGUGCACGUACGUGCAGUCGAUCGCGAUAACGGACAAAAUGCAUCAAUCACUUAUUCGAUAUUGAAGGGCCGUGAUUCAGAUGGCUUUGGUUUGUUUAGCAUAGACGCGAGCAAAGGUGUAAUUCGCACAUUAGUUACACUGGAUCACGAAGAGCGCAGCAUUUAUCGUUUGACUGUGGCGGCAACAGACGGUGGCAAUCCACCUAAACAAUCGAUUCGUUUGCUUCGUGUCGAAGUGCUAAAUUUGAAUGACAAUCGACCAACGUUUACUAGUUGCAGUCUAACUUUUUCGGUACCUGAGAAUAUUGAGGUUGGUUCAGUAAUUGGUUCAAUCGAUGUCUUGGCGCACAAUCGACAAAAGAUAAGUUCCCACGGCGACGAUUUUUUUGUUACGUACAGUGUAAUUCCUCUUUCUAAAGAUAUCAUAGAAAGAGCUUUCGAUAUAGAUCGACAUACCGGUUCUCUUGUAGUAGCGUGCCAGUUAGACCGUGAAGCGCAAGCAGAGUUUCGUCUAGAAAUACGUGCGUUAGACACCACCUCCGUCAGUAAUCCUCAAAGUAGUACGAUCACUGUUAAAAUUGAAGUUACCGAUAUAAACGAUAAUCCCCCCAUUUGGUCUCAGAAUCCUAUCAAUAUCAGCGUCAGUGAACUGACACCUGAAGGAACAGUAAUUUACAACUUUACAGCCUCGGACGCUGAUAUCGGUUGUAAUGGUCAAGUUCAAUACAAAUUGAUUCAAUAUUUCCCAAAACACAAUUGUGAGAGGUGUAUAAAUGGAGAAGAACAACUGUUUACUAUUGAUAUGUUAACUGGAGGAUUAACUCUCGUGGGCUCGUUAGAUUAUGAAACGUUAAGGGAAUAUACAUUGAUUGUUCAGGGUUUUGAUUUGGCCGCAAAUGAAAGUGAACGUUUGUAUAGCACAGUAAGUGCAAAGCUUGAAAUAUUGGAUGAAAAUGACAACGAACCGGAAUUCGUUAUUCCGGCUGUAACCCCUAAACGUCUAAAAGCACAACAUGGUCUCAUAACAACUAAAAGCGUCCUUUCAACAGUAGUCCAACCCUCAGCUGCCGUGUUUAUCAACAAUAAUAAACGUAUUGGAGAAAUUGUAGCACAUGUGGUAGCCGUCGACCUAGAUUCCGACAAUAAUGGCCUCUUGUCAUAUAGUAUUGAAGAAGGAAAUGAUUCGGGCUUUUUUCGCAUCAAUUCGGAAACAGGUAUCGUAGAAUUGGCGCAAAGGCUACCGUCCAUACCCACAGCACAUCAAAGCAUUCAACCUGAUAGUUUCAUGUCAACGAACCCAAACAAAUACGAAUUGUUUAUCAAAGCUCAAGAUCAUGGCGAACCUGAGAGGAAAAGUUCUCUGCUGAAUUUGAAAAUUGUGGUACAAGAUACCAAAAGCAAGCCGCCGAGGUUUCUGCAAAGCGUUCAUUUUGCAAAUGUAUCUGAAAAUGCUCAGACGGACAGCUUUGUCAUACAAGUGGUAGCAAAAUCAAAUAACGGACUUGAUGUCGGCAAUCUCACAUACGAAAUACCAACAGGUGUUGCUGAUAACCAUUUUCACAUUGAUGCCAACCAUGGUAUUGUCACCACUAAUGGCCAAUUUGAUCGCGAAACAAAAGCUCAUUACACACUGCCAAUUUAUGUCUAUAAUUCCAAACGUGACGGUGGCGGCCAUAGCAUUGUUUGGAAUGGAAACGAAAAGAAUGCUUCAAUGUUAGCUCGAAAGCAAAGGUCCUCACUGACCGACUUAGCUGAGGACCAAAAGAGGCAGUUUGAUAUCACUACGUUGCACAUAACAGUAACUGACGUUAACGAUCAUGCACCUGAAUUUCGCCCCGGAUCUUGUUAUUCACUGUUCGUGCCGGAAAAUAAUGAACUGGCAGUUAUACACACGGUGGUGGCUACAGAUUUAGAUGAAGGAGCCAAUGCUGAAAUUUUUUAUAGCAUAAUAGCUGGAAAUGUUGGUAACAAAUUUACAAUUGAUAUGCAUACGGGAGAAUUAGCGGCUCGCCCUUUGGAUCGUGAACAGCAUUCGCGUUACAUAUUGCAAAUACAGGCAAACGAUCGUGGCUCACCUAUUAGUUAUCAAGGUCAUUGUAAUAUUACUGUCAAUGUCGGGGAUCAAAACGAUAACGAUCCACAUUUCGAACUAGCGAAGUACUUAGUAAAUGUAGCUGAGGAUGUUCCCAUCGGAACCAGCGUCAUGCGCAUUAAAGCCACAGAUGAGGACCUAGGCUUAAAUGGUCGCCUUUUAUAUACACUCGCUAAUGAAACACAAUGGUUAUUUGCAAUAGACAAUAAAAGUGGUAUUAUAAGUACCGUGGGGCAUUUAGAUCGUGAGCGACAACCGUUCUUUACCUUUUCGGUGGUAGCCACUGACGGAGGCCGUUAUGAUACGCGUUCGGCCCACGUACCCGUGCAAAUCAUUAUCGAUGAUGUCAAUGAUAAUAAACCAGUUUUCGAACGUUAUCCAUUUCGGGCACACGUGCCAGCUUUAAUACAACCAGGUCAAACAUUGCUACAAGUAAACGCGUUUGACAGGGAUUUAAGUUUAAAUGGGGAAGUUUUGUACACACUUAACGAUGAAAAUGACCCCGCAUUGCAUGGAAAAUUUCGUAUUAAUCCAAAUACUGGGGUACUAUCAGCAACUCAAAGUUUAGCUAGCGAAUCGGGGCGACUUUUACACCUUGACAUUAUAGCAAGAGAUAAAGGUAACCCGGCACUGUUUUCCAAAGGUUUGAUAGAGCUUAGAGUUGGUGAAAUAUCUAACGGAGCCACUACCUUAAAAUUUCACAAAGAUGAAUAUCGUGUGAAAUUAAAUGAAAACUCUCUAGUCGGCACUCAAGUGUUACAAGUUAGUGCCUUACGUUCGGAUGGAAGGCGCUCAAAGCUCGUUUAUUCUUUUGGAACUGAUAACGAUGACGGAGGAUUUGUAAUAGAUUCUAAUAGUGGAGAAAUCAGGGUGGCAAAUUCAAGCGCACUUGAUUAUGAACGCUAUGUAGAUACAAAUCAUGGACCUUUAGCUUCGUCAAAUAAAGGAAUCAAUUUUUCUUUCGUAAACCUUCGUGGACGCGCCAUUUUGUAUAACGAUAAAAUGUUAAGUGAAAGAAUAGACAAUUUGACCGGUGUAAGUGAUUUAAAAGACGAAAACCCUUUAAGAAGCUUUCAUGCCCGGAGACGACGCGACAUGGAGAGCUUGCCGGUGUUGUUGGCAACAGACACUCAACCGCAUGAAAUAAGGUUGAUGGUGAUGGCUCGUAGCGAAUCACAUGUCGGUUCAACACCAUUGUAUGCCUACGCCGAAUUUGUUGUUGAGUUGGAAGAUGCUAACGAUAAUAGUCCUCAGUUCACACAACCACAGUAUGCCGCCACCGUGUGGGAGGGUAACAGCAAAGGUACAUUUGUAGCACAAGUUAAAGCAAUUGAUGCCGACUCUACGGCAAACUCACGCGUUCUUUACCACAUUGUUGACGGAAAUCAUGAUAAUGCGUUUGUCAUUGAACCCGCGUUUAGCGGCAUUGUUAAGACAAACAUUGUACUAGAUCGCGAAAUACGUGACAUGUAUAAAUUGAAGGUGAUCGCCACAGAUGAGGGGGUACCACAAAUGACUGGUACCGCAACAAUACAUGUGCACAUAGUUGAUGUGAAUGACAAUCAACCCACCUUCCCACCGCACAGUGUGAUCAGUGUCAGCGAAGGAACUGAAUUGGGUACCGCGAUUACCACAAUCUCUGCCAAUGACGUGGACACUUAUCCAACUAUAACAUAUGAGUUCAGCUUUGACGAGACACUUGAUGAAGCAGCAACCCUAGUGGAUAACAAAUCAAUAUUUGCGAUCGACCGUUACAGUGGUAAAAUAAUACUCAAACGGCAAUUGGAUUAUGAAGAAUGCCAAGAAUAUCUGUUGGAGAUAAUUGCCUCAGACGUCGCUCAUGAAGCUCGCACCAUAUUGGCAGUGCGUGUAGGUGAUGAAAACGACAAUGCUCCCGAAUUUGGAGUGCGCCAGCCUCCAGUAUAUUUUGCUGUUUUACCUGAUCCGCGUUUAGCACCGAUUUCAAUUCUGACAUCGAAUAUUGAGUUAGCGGUAGUUAACGCCAGCGACAGGGAUGCCAGUGAGACUGGUAAUUCAAAAGUUUACUACAGUAUUAACCCUGUCGUCCCAGGAUUUAAGAUUAAUGAGGAGACAGGUGUAGUAACCGCAAAUUUAAGCAGCGUAGCCGAUUUCAAUCGCUUUGGUUACAAGUAUGUAACCAUUGUAGCCUCAGAUGCAGGAACACCACAGCUAAAAACAUCGACUGUUUUGCGAGUGCAAACGCAAACUAUUGGAAUCGCUAAAGCAGAAUUCCUGCAGUCUCAUUAUCGCGCUCGCAUCAAUGAAAAGGCACCUUUGGGUACAGCUGUUAUACGUUUAGGCCAAGAAAUUUUAGAUGCGAGCCCCUACAUGGAUGGUGGCAGCCUUACAUUCACAAUAGUGUCUGGCAAUGAAGAGGGUGUCUUUGAGAUUUUUCAAUCAAAUGCUAUAAUUUUAGUAAAAUCUUUGGAUCGGGAACACAUUGAUUUGUACAAACUUAGGAUGGUGAUGGCGGAUGCAACGGCUACAACGCAGCAACUGAACGCGCACGCAGCGGAAAAUUCUACGUCUGCAAUCAAUGUAUUCGUAGCAGUGGAAGAUGCUAAUGAUAAUGCGCCUCAAUUUUUUAACAACAGCAAAUAUGAAGCUGAAGUUAGUGAACUGGCCCCUCUAAGGCACUCGGUAGCCAAACUUACAGCAAUUGAUAUCGAUGCUGAAAACACGCCUAACUCUGAAGUAGUAUACGAAAUCACUUCGGGUAAUGACGAAAGCAUGUUUACAAUUGACCUGAUUACCGGCGUUCUGUUUGUUAAUAAUAAACUUGACUAUGAUACUGGCAUUAUUUGCUACGACCUUAUUAUACGAGCCUGUGAUAGCGCCACACAUCCUUUAUGCACUUUACAACCAUUUCGCUUAGCUUUGAAAGAUGAAAAUGAUAAUGCUCCCAAAUUUCCGGUUACUGAAUACAUCGAGUUUGUGCCGGAGAAUGAACCGUUAGGUACAAGUGUUUUUCGAGCCCGCGCCACUGAUUUAGAUCGAGGUUUUUAUGGCCAACUUAAUUAUUCCAUUGAUCAUGAAGUCUCUGGUUCAGAUGACAUAGCAUGGAAGUUAUUUCGGGUUGAUACACAUCUAGGACUUGUAACUACAAAUGCUGUAUUCGACUUUGAGCAACGGAGUCGUUAUAAUUUUUUUCUGCGCGCAACUGAUGCAGGCGGCAAAUUUUCUAGAGUCAAGGUGCGCAUUCAAAUUGAUUCAAGAGAUGAAUUUGCCCCGCAAUUUACUGAGAGAACAUAUCGUUUUGUAAUGCCGUCGCCAUCAACAGGUCACAUACCGUUGGGAUUUGUAGUUGGCCACGUAGCAACAACGGACAAAGACAAGGGACCAGACGGACGAGUGUUUUACCAGAUCAAUUCUCAAAAUGCUCAUUUUAAAAUUAACCGCACUACAGGAGCGAUAAUCUUAAAAAAGAAACUAAGUGAUAAUUUUGAUACCAAUCUUGAUAUCAGUUUGGUUAUAUCUGCCAGUUCCGGACGACAGGGCUCCCUGACCAACAUGACAGUGGUCGAAAUAUCUUUAGAUCCUUUAGCACAUCAAGACAUUACUUUAGUUAAUGACAAUGUGAGUACUUUUGAAAAUGGAGGAGCUUUAUACGAUUGGGUUUUAGGCUCAGUCAUUUCCUUACUUUUGCUUUUGUGUGCAGCAGCGGGUAUAGUUUUAUUCAUACGCAUGCGUAAAAGUAAACCAAAUCGUAAUGUGGUCAAACCGCAUUUGAGCUCCGAAAUUGUGGGUAAUGCAAAUAGCUAUGUUGACCCCAGCGCUUUCGAUACUAUGCCAGUAAGAACUUCUGGUUUAAGCGGUUUAAAUGUUUCCUCUAACGCGGGACCGCAUUCGAGCUCCAUGGCAGGCGGUCAAUUUCCACCACCUAAAUAUGAUGAGAUACCGCCGUAUGGCAACCACGCGGGAAGCUCCAAUUCUGGAGCGGCUACUACCUCAGAAUUGUCAGGAUCGGAGCAGUCAGGCUCUAGUGGUCGCGGUUCAGCCGAAGAUGAUGGUGAAGAUGAAGAAAUAAGAAUGAUCAAUGAAGGCCCAUUAAGAGGUGGUUCUAACAAUGAAGACGGUGGUCGUCUGUCCGACUUAUCAGUGCAAAAUACACAAGAGUAUUUGGCUCGCUUGGGUAUCGUAGACCGUGAUACUAAUCCUAACGGGGGAGCGUCAACUUCAAGUAUAGCCGGUUCUAGUAAAGAAACGCACCUCCACCAUCCUUUACCUUUGCACAUGUUUGACGAAGAUCCCAGUACGGAAACAGAUAUAACAAAUCUAAUAUAUGCCAAAUUAAAUGAGGUAACUAGCGCGGCUUCGGAUCGCGGAAGCAGUGCCGAUGAAGCAGCUACUACUGCUGGGAGCAUCGGCACAGCAGUAGAUCAUGUUAUGGGAUUUAGUAAUGUUCCAGUGGUAGGCAAUAGUACUAACGUAGGGCCUUCAAUGAAUGGAUCUCUGAGUUCCAUAGUACAUAGUGAAGAAGAACUUACAGGCAGUUAUAAUUGGGACUAUUUACUCGACUGGGGUCCCCAGUAUCAGCCAUUGGCCCAUGUUUUCUCGGAGAUAGCUCGUUUAAAAGACGAUAAUAUUUCUUUGCAUAGUGGUAACAGUAACACUUCAUCCACAAACAAAUGUAAGCAAAGCUUAACUCAUUCCAUGACAAGUAUGGUAAAACCACACAUACCACCUCCCCUUUUAACGAAUGUGGCGCCAAGGGCUAUAAAUUUGCCAGUUUUAUCAAGUUCUGCAGUAAAUAUGCGCGUGUCCAACACAAAUCCUCACCACAUGACUAGUGCAACCACUGGGAAUCAUAUUGGGACUGGACCUCAAUAUUUAUUACCCCGCUCUCCUAUAAACCAUGAUACAGCUGCUGGUUUCAGUACAUCGUCCGCUAUGUCCCCAUCGUUCUCACCUUCUCUUUCACCGUUAGCUACACGGUCGCCUUCCAUUUCUCCACUUGGAGGUGGGCCAAGCGGACAUCAUAUUGUUAAUAUGCCGCGCCGCGGACCUCAAGCCAAUCAAAGAUCUAAAAAUAUUGUCAUAGAGCAAGUUCGAAUGUAAAUUUUUUUAGGUUAAUUUUAGAGCCAAAUGCUGUUUAAUUGUAAUUUUAAUAGACUUUAAGACGAAUGAACUGAUACGCAACAACGUUUAGCAUCGUUUAAUUUGAGAGCUUGGUGAGGUUUUUGCAAAAUUCUGCACUCUAAUAAAUCAUUAAGCGCGAAAACUCACCACUCUUGGCUGUGGUAAACAUAACUUGCUUUUACUUUUAUUUUAUAGUAUAGUUUCAAAAAAUACUAUUAAUUUUUAAGUACUUGUUAAAUUGUUUCUAAUACAGACACGAAAAUUCAUCAUACCCUUAACAAUACUCAGUAGUAGAGUUUUAUAUACUUGCCAAUCUGUAAUGUAUUUCGACGGCAGCAUUAAGAGAUCGAAGAUGUACAUAAUUUUUUAACAAGACCAAAUCGCCAAUAAAGACUCGCUCCCGUAAGUUGUUCGCAAAAGUAAAUUGAGGAAACGCCAUAAUUAAUAAGCGAAUUUUGUAAGCACAUUACAAAUUGUAACAUAGAUAUACGCAUAAAUUUUCUAUAU